CUGAGUGUAUAGCCACUGUCCUGGGUUGCUUUUCCCUCUAUAUAGAGCUAGACUCUGAGGCAGAUAUAAUUUUUGCCAGAGUGUUUACUGCUGUUAAAAUAGUUGUCAACUCUCUGGAGCACUGACAAGAUGGACAGGACUUUUCUACUGGUCUUGUGUCUAGUGACACUGUCUAAUGUACAGCUGGGACAGUCUCAAUGUGAUGUUGUGAGAAUUGCUGCAGCUGUGCAUGAAGUUGUAGGACCAGCUUUGGAGACUAUUGAGAAAGACAUGAAGAAUAUGAAGUCUGACAUGGCAAGCCUCAGCCAAAAGAUUGACGAACAUGACAAUGAAAUCACUACUAAACUAAUGAGAAUGAACCAGAGC